AACCAAGGCAAAGUCGUGUAUUUGUCACAUGUGUGGUGCCCACCUGAACAGACUUCACUCUUGCCUCUACUGUGUCUUCUUUGGCUGUUUCACAAAGAAACAUAUUCACGAGCACGCGAAGACAAAGCGACACAACUUAGCCAUAGACCUUUUGUAUGGGGGUAUAUACUGCUUUAUGUGUCAAGAUUACAUUUACGACAAAGACAUGGAACAAAUUGCCAAAGAAGAACAACGGAAAGCUUGGAAAUUACAAGCCUUCACCCCAACAGUGGUUUCUCACUACCAGUGUACAAUGACAGGCAUUGGAGAGAAGUAUUCAACAUGGGAGCCAACCAAACGAGAAUUAGAAUUGCUACGGCACAACCCCAAGCGGAGAAAAAUAACCACAAACUGCACCAUAGGGCUCCGAGGGCUAAUCAAUCUUGGGAACACAUGUUUUAUGAACUGUAUUGUCCAGGCACUUACCCACACUCCACUGCUGCGAGAUUUCUUCCUCUCUGACAGGCACAAAUGUGAAAUGCAAAGUCCCAGCUCAUGUCUGGUCUGUGAAAUGUCUACGCUCUUUCAGGAGUUUUACUCUGGGCACCGAUCUCCUCACAUUCCAUAUAGGUUAUUGCACCUGGUAUGGACGCAUGCACGGCAUUUAGCAGGGUACGAGCAACAGGAUGCACAUGAGUUCCUUAUUGCUGCAUUAGACGUGCUACACAGACACUGCAAAGGUGAUGAUAAUGGAAAGAAGGCCAACAACCCCAACCACUGUAACUGCAUCAUAGACCAAAUCUUCACAGGCGGACUGCAGUCUGAUGUCACGUGUCAAGUCUGCCAUGGUGUUUCCACAACAAUAGACCCAUUUUGGGACAUCAGUUUGGAUUUGCCAGGCUCCUCCACUCCGUUCUGGCCGCUGAGUCCUGGGAGCGAUGGCAGUGUGGUGAAUGGGGAGAGCCAUGUAUCGGGCACCACCACGCUCACAGACUGCUUGCGAAGGUUUACAAGGCCAGAACAUCUAGGAAGCAGUGCCAAAAUCAAAUGUAGUGGUUGCCAUAGUUACCAGGAAUCUACCAAACAACUCACUAUGAAGAAAUUACCCAUUGUGGCCUGUUUUCAUCUCAAACGGUUUGAACAUUCAGCUAAGCUGAGGCGAAAGAUCACUACAUACGUCUCCUUCCCACUGGAGCUGGACAUGACACCAUUUAUGGCUUCCAGUAAAGAGAGCAGGAUGAACGGGCAAUACCAGCAGCCUACGGAUAGUCUAAACAAUGAUAAUAAGUAUUCCUUGUUUGCAGUAGUUAAUCACCAAGGAACCUUGGAGAGCGGGCACUAUACCAGCUUCAUCCGGCAACACAAGGACCAGUGGUUCAAAUGUGAUGACGCCAUCAUCACCAAGGCUAGCAUUAAGGAUGUACUAGACAGUGAAGGAUAUUUGCUGUUCUAUCACAAACAGUUCCUGGAGUACGAGUAGCCUUAUCCAGCAGCUUGUCAGAUGAAUGAAAGGAAGCAAAUAAGCAAGCCUUCUGAAAUGACACACAAACCUACCUGAAAUGAAAAGACCCAUUAAACAACAACUAGCACUGAGCUGUAACAGGACCUACUUGACACUGGCUCACAGCCUGGCGGAGUAAGAAACGAACAAUGUCCAAUGUGUAUGCAGUCCCGCAAGGACAGAAAGGGGGGAAAAAUAAAGAGGCUACAGUCAGUCACGUAAGAGAGGAAAUAUUACAAUGAAAGGAAUGCUCUGGGUGGGGAAACGGGAGCAGAGGAGUCCGGGCAAUGGUACAUCUCCUGUGGUCCUCCGAAAUGUGUGUGGGAAGGCAAGGGGGGUGUACCCUCAUCUCCAUACAGCAUCUUCUCCAUUGGUGCUUCAGCUCCAACUGACCAAUCAUAUAACAGUUAUAAUUCAAAAAAAAAAAAAUCCAAGCCCAUUUUUUUUAUGCAUAUGGGUCUGAAAGCAGUGAAGUGGAGGAGGAGGGGAUGACACAAUUAAGGACUUUGCAAGUAUCUUUUUAUUUGUGAAUUUUAGUUAUUAAAUAAAUACAGUAUGAAACUAUUAGACUCUUUUGUUUCGACAAACUUAAAAAAGAAAACCCUGGAUUGUGGAACCGAAGCGACAGUACUGAGACAGGUUUCCAAGCAUGCCUGCGGCCCAGGUACCAUUGAUGCCAUUGGACUGCUCAUCACAGCAUCAGCACAGAGUCUUGUUCUGUUUGAGCCCCUUUUUUUUGUUUUUGUUUUGUUUUGUUUUCUAUAAAUAGCUAUUUUCUUAAUUUUUUUUCCUUUUAUUCCCUUUUUUUCACGAGAAUGAAAUUCAUAAAUGCAACCAUCAGUAAAAUGAAUGAAUUGGCGUGUUUAUACUGUAAGAGUGGUCUUGGUUCUUUUUGUUUUGGGGGGGGGAAAAUGUGUGUCGGUUUGAUUUAGCAAGAAGGUGGCGUUUGCAAGACCCUUGGUAUUGAAAACGUACCAUCUGCUAGAGAUGGCUGCUGCCCGUGGAGCAGGGAGGGAUGGCUCUGCUGCUAUGGAGCACUUCUGCAAUGCACUGGCUAGGAAGUAAACAAAGCGUUUUCUCCCGCUGUAUUCAGCAGGCUUUCACUGGCUCCUUGUGUCCUCCCACAUCUGUUAACUCUUUGCAUACGUCUCUCUCCUGUGUCUGAUCCCAGCCUCCUCAUCGGUGUCCUUUGCCCUUAGUCGCUGGCACACUUUGGCCUUGACUUGUCACAAACGCAUUUCUGUUCCCUUCUCUCUCCGCUGUCUUUGAAAGUGUCCUAUUGGCCAGGCUGGCUACUGGUGUAACUCAACAUGCACUGUCUUACUCCCAGGAGGCUGGGACAUAAAUUGAAUUGCAGUCCGAGGGGGAAAGGGUUUGUUCACCUCUUAACCCUUUGCAAUGCAAAGCUUGAAAACAGUAAUAAAAAUGAUUUUGCCCCUCUCCUCUCCCCUCCCCUGCACGGUGGGUUUUACAAACCCUGGUCUGGCCAAGGCUUUAGCCCCUGUAUUUCUGUGUAAGGGCUACAUGGAAACGGUCUUGUUCGAUCUCUGCAUAUGUACUCAGACGUGUUGGCAGCAGCAGCAAAAGCUUCUCCUCAUCAGGGGUGCAGCCUGGACUGGGGUAGUCAAAGCAAAGAGAGCUUGUCUGCAGAGCUAACUGGAGAAUGAGAAAAGGUUAAACCGACCCCUGUCAUCUGGAGACAACUUGCCUGUGCCUACCUGCAGAAGACAGAUCUGGAGAGUGGUGUGAUAUACUCAGCAGAGGGGAUGGGAGGAGACUAAGCAAAGCUAUUUCUGGAAUGAGCAUCUUGCAACUGAAGCUCCACACCAGACUGGAUUCCCAUUGUUGAUUCACACGCCCAGAGGAAGACGACAAGCCAGCCCUUCUGUACUGCAAGAGAUUUCUGCAACACCCACUGACAGCGGCAGAAGCUCAGAUGUCUGUCUGAACCAGCUAGAAUCUAGUGCACCCACCAGCCAAGUACGGGAAGCAAACCUGAAGGGGCUGGGGCCAGCAGGCAGCACAGUUCCUGCUUGGUGGGUAGUACAUUGGGCUUUCUUAACCUGUCUGCCCCAUCCUCCAGCUUGGAGGAGUUCAGACUUUAUUUGGUGACGAUCGCAUUUAAGUGGGUGCUGCAGAGUUGUCGUAGCAAAGGAAAGAACUGCAGAUGGAGUGUAAAGGAACGUGCGCACGCGCGCACACAGACCCAGAACCGUGUGUGCUUAUUGUGUAGACACUUGACGACAGCUUCUGCUACCUUUUUAAUAAUGCAGCAAGCUCGCAGUGGAAGAAAAGAAGCAGCCUCUCAUUAUUCCUCAGCCUGUGUUUCCUGAUGCAGCUUGAGCCACCACCUUGGAUGUUACCGAAGACGGGGCACCACCUUGUGGCAGAAAGGCAUCCUUGGCUGUGUGGCGCGGAAAGCCUAGCGCUCCCUUCCCUUUCCUUUCCUGCUGCUGAAGGCGAAGGAAGGAAUUGUGUUCUUGCUGGCGCAGGUUCAUCCACGGGAGCAAGCCCCAUCCGACGUGUUCAUCGCGUGCAAGGAAAGGGCUCGGGGGACAAAGCCAGCUCUGUGGAACCAGCCUUUAUGCGCUGUGUCAUGCGCUAGGGGAAGACGCAUCCUUGGCAUUACCAGAUCUGUGAUGACAUGUAUUUUUAAAGGAGUGGGGGGAGGGUGCCUUUCACUGCUGUGCUUCAUUUGAAUCUAGAGUUUCAAGCAAGUGGAAAGCUGCUUUUGGCUGGAAGCUUGGUCCCUGCAUCCCCUGCAGAAAGGCUGGUUGAUACCUCCAGCAAUAGUAAAUCAUGAUGACAGGGGAGUGGCAGGAUUGCCACCGCUGUGACAACCAGUGCCCUGUAAAAAUCUCUGCCUCACUAGGCCUUGUGCUUUCUCUGCCUCUGCAUAAAAGAUGUUACGAUCCUGUUCCAGACACGUACGUUAGAGAACCAGGAGGAUCCCUGCUGCUGUCUUGCCCCCACUGCUGCUUCUCAACGUCAGCUCCCAGGAAACCCAGCAAGGCCUUCGGUGCUUCGUAAGGGCACGGGCUGAGUGAUGCCUGCCCCACAUACUGAUAGGAGCUGAAACCGGCCCACAGCUAAUUAUCCUGUUGUUUUGACUCCUGACUUUAAAUGCACUCUGGAAAGCAGCUUAACCUGCCCCUUGUGUACUGAGCACUGCCCUGACCAAGCAGCAGAAGAAAUUCCCAGUGACUGGGUGGAACCAGCGUGUGUAACAUGGCACAUCACGCUUAGCUGCUGGUGUUGACAUAGCUUUGUACAUGAGGCAAAAAUAAAGGCCAGAGACCCUUA